GACAGGAGCGCGCAGGGCGCUGUUGGCGGGCAGGGGGUCCGGGAGGCUCGGCCCUCGGGGGCGUGUCGGCAGAGGCGGCGGCGGAGCUCCCAGCUUGGCGCAAGAGGCGGCGGCCAGCAUGGAGAGCGAGCUGGAGGCUUUGGCCCCGCGGCCCGCGAGCUCCACGGAGCCGCCCUUCCAGGCGCUCGUGGAGGCGGCGGGCGGCCGCGGGCAGGUGCUGCUGGUGGGCGAGCUGUGGGAGCGCGAGCAGAGCCGCGCGCUGCUGCGGGACUUCGCCCGUGCGGUGUUCCCUCCGGAGCCCGCGCCGGGCAAGCCGGGCUGCACAGAGGCCGAGAGCGCGGGUACGGCGGCGGCCACGGAGCCGCAUAGGGCUCCGGGAACGAAGGCGGAGCGCGUUAUCCGCUCGCCGCUCGUCUUCGUGCUCUGCCGCGCCGGAUCGCUGACCUCCCGGGAGCCUCGGCGCCACCUGCGGGAGAUGCUGCGGGACGUGCGCGGCCGGAGGCAGGAAGGCGCCGCGCUGGUCGGGGUCCUGGUGGCUGACGCGAGUGCGGAGGACUCGGGGGCGCCCGGACUGCAGCUGCUGGAGACGCUGCUGCGCAGGGUGUUCGGCCGCCAAGUCGGGGGCCCCGUGCAGGCUGCAGCCUUCCGUCCGGGCUGCCCGGCCUCCAGCCUGGCGGUCCAGGAGGCGGCCUGCAGGGCCCUGCAAGCUGCGGGACCGGGUCGACCAGAAGGUGCCUGGGAAAGACCGGGACUGCCUGGCCUACUGACUUGCUUUUCCUGGGGUCCUCGGAGGCAGAGGAAGAGCCAAGGUGUCACCUCCUCUCAAAGCCCAGUUCAAGAGCACCUCCAGGUCUCAGAAGAGGAGCUGGCACUGACACCUGUAUUUCCCAACGGGGACUGUGAAGACCGUGGGAAUGGGUCUAGAGCCCAGGAUGGAGUUGUCCACAUGCCACCUGAUCCCUUGGGGAACACAAGAUGAAAGCUGGACCCCUGGACUGGCCCUAACCUGCACAUUGGGCUCUGGCCCUUCUCAGUGAGUCUCCACAUCACAGUGUUGACCUCAGCAGAUAGUGACUGACUAUGAAGACCCCACUUGCUUGUGGGCUGCCACUCUCACUGUUGCCAGCUCGGCGACGAGGCCUAUGGGACCUGCUCCACACUGAGUGUCUUUUUACUCUAUGGUCAUGGUGGGUUGAUCUUGUCUCUCUGUGCCUUUACUUCUCUGAGCCAAGAAGCCUCUGUAACGGCUUUGCAGACAUGUCACUCAGUCUCUGGGCUUGUUUCCCAAAUGACCGAAGGACUGCCAACCCAGUGGCCUUCCACCAGGAGCCACGUUGCACCUCCCGGCAACACUGGAAACUUGUGUAAAAGCAAUUAGUGGGCAUCUCACAGUGCGUAGGAUGGACCAGCUACUUACUUUACUCAGAAUGCUCAUUGCAACAGUUUUAAGAAAUAGAAGGGCCAAUCCCUUCUCCCUGUCAUUCUGGGAAGAGAUCCCCUUAGGUUUCCUGGGAUCUUGGCUCCCAGAACAAGCCAAAAUAAAGACCUGACUGUUGCUGUGAGGGAGCCUGUCAGGCCAGAGCCAAGAUGGCUUGUGUGUUGCAGGGCCAGGACCAAAAGCGCCUUGCAUGCUAUGAGAAAAAGGGGCCUCUGUCUUUCUCAUGUUGACACUGAUUACUGUGCCAAAUCCUUUGUGGAAGUGUUUGCUGGGAGCUGCCUUUAGCACCAAGGAGAGGGAAAGCCAGGGUAUUGGGGUGCUUAGUCCCCCGACUUGUACUAGAUCUCAGGUCCUAGCCCAAGUAUCCCGGAGGUUCUGGAAUCUUCCCUUACAGUCUAUGAGUCACGUAGGGUGGGUAAAUAUCUUCCACAGAGCCUGCCAGGGUAUCUACUCAUGCAGAGGCAGCUGGGGACUACCUCUCUUGUCCCUGACUGCCCCUAGAGAAAUCAGUCUUUGGAAGGACAAAGGCCCUUACUGGCUUUCCCUGAUGUGUGGAAAGUGCUGUCAGGGGGAAGUGGAUAAAUCCAUGCACCCAUCUGUAAGACACUGCAGAUCCCCAGUUGUGCCGUACUGUGCACAGCUUCCUGUGAGGAGCUACAUACCUUUGAGUCAUGGUUUCAACUCUUUCUGUGGUGAUACAAAGGGAGAGGACCCUCCCUGCUCUGUGCCUCAAUUUCUUCUUGGUGAUCUAGAGCCUAACCCUGCCCCCUUCUCAGUCUCAAGAAUAAAAACUGUGAAGUAGAGACAGUGUCUUCCCUGAAUGAGGUGGGAGCAGACGCCAUUUUAAUAACGCAAGGUGAUACCGUAGGAAAUGGUCCCAACUAGCAUCUUUUUAUUCAAGAAUGUAGUUCAGCUAGUAGAGGGCUAGCCUAGCAUACUAGUUUGAUCCCCAUCACUGUAUAAACCGAAUGUAGUGCACAGACCUAUAACCCCAGUACUUUGGAAGUAGAGAUAGGAGGAUCAGAAGUUCAAAUCCACCCUCAAUGACAAUGUGAAUUGGAGGCCAGCCUGGGCUACAUGAGACUCUGUCUCAGAAAAGAAGAAAGAAACAAAAAGAACUUUGAAUUUUCAGUUUGAUUUGGUUUUUAAAUGGGAAAAGUAGUAUAUUUGAAGCUGCUAUGUUUUUUUGUUACGCUAUUGACCUAUGCAGUCCUCUAUAAUCACAAAAGUUUUAAUCCUUGUUACUUCUGUAUUUGUUACCCAUGUUGAAACUUAGGAACCUUCAUAUUUAAAUCAACGUCGUUUCCUUGGUUAGGGAGGAUUCAUUUCCCAUUCUGGUCUGUGGUGAUUCCUCCCCAGCCCUCUCUUGGAGUCCCAUCCCCACUGUACAUUACAGGGCCAUUUGGGUUUGUAGUCUGGUCUAAAGUGUGACUUAGGCACCGAUCACAUCGGUUGUUGGGGUUUUAAUUGCCUACUGCAGGCCUUGUCGCUGGUGGAAAAGGUCUUUGUACUGAGUCUGGUUUCUGCUUCCCAUCUGGUAAAACAGGUGCAGCAAACGGCUUCCUGUGGCUGCCGGUCUUAGUACUGUUUCUCAGCAGAUAGAAAGACCUGAGUUUCACCCAGGAUGGUCAUGUGGGCCCUGCCAGGGGACUUUAGAAAGACGUGAAGGUUGGAGUGGUCUGAGGAAAGGCUGGAGACCUGGAGGACACCAGGGGUCCCUGGGAGCCCAGUGUGAGGAACAGCCCAGGCAGCCCCACUCUGGGUCCUGGGGUUCUAACCUGUAAUGUGAUGAUGGUGCCCCUGCUUUUGACUCGAAUGCUGGUUCUUUACAUCUAAUAAACCAGACAGUGCCUCACCAUA